AUGACAUCGGUUUGCAUAUCCAACUGCGUGAACGACGCACGUGACCCACGCGUGCCGGUUCGAGCAACCUACGUGAACCUCUACAAGUGGCCGGAAUCGGAUGCAGAGUUUGUGAGAUCGGUGAGCUCAAAUGGUAGAAGGGGUUCUUCGCACGUGUAUGGCCACCCAAGGGUUGUGGAUAGCAUCUCCUGCAGACAGAUGUACCUGAAAAGCUACAAAUUUUCCAGGAAAGAGACCGUUCCCGAGAAAACCCAGAAAUGUUUUGGGAAGGUAAAGGAGAAAGUGGCUCACGGUGGAAGGAAGAAGAGAAGGACUCAUCAGGGUAGAAGAAGGAAGUGUUUGGUUUGGAGGAAAAUGAAGGAAAUCUCGUACUCUGCUUUGUUUAGCAUUUUCCACAAGUUCUUGUCUUGCGGCGCAAGUGUAGAUGUUGUGGAUGAAAAUUAUUGA